AUGGCAGAACAAUUAACUGAAGAACAGAUCGCAGAAUUCAAGGAAGCUUUCUCCUUAUUCGACAAAGACGGUGAUGGGACCAUCACAACAAAAGAGCUUGGAACAGUCAUGAGAUCCCUCGGUCAAAACCCAACCGAAGCCGAACUUCAAGACAUGAUCAACGAAGUCGACGCUGAUGGAAACGGAACAAUUGAUUUCCCUGAAUUCUUAAGCCUUAUGGCAAGAAAAAUGAAAGAUCAAGACACUGAAGAAGAACUCAUUGAAGCUUUCAAGGUCUUCGACAGAGAUGGGAAUGGACUUAUUAGCGCCGCUGAGCUAAGACAUGUGAUGACCAAUUUGGGAGAAAAACUUACUGACGAAGAAGUCGAUGAAAUGAUCAGAGAAGCAGAUUUAGAUGGAGAUGGACAUAUCAAUUAUGAAGAAUUCGUUAGAAUGAUGAUGGCUAAAUAA